GCCACAGCGCAUGCCCAGUCUUCGGGUCACGUGAUGCCUGUCAUGGCUGCCUCCAUGGCUCGGGGCGGUGCGAAUGGCGGUUUCUUGCUACGGGUGGCGUGGAGCACCUGGUGGAGCCGACCUGGAGGCUGUUGGGGAUCCUGGAAGGCGGCGGCGCCAGCGACAGCCAGAAAAUUCCGGGCGACAGGCUCGCGCCCGGCCGGGGAGAAAGAAGCCAGCGGCCCCGAGCGGCCUGGGGACGUAUUUUGGGCCAUCAUCCAGUUCGCCAUCCGCGCCCCCGUCUGUCCCCAGGGUGAAUGUGGUGUUCGUAGACCGGUCAGGCCAACGGAUUCCUGUGAGCGGCAGAGUCGGGGACAAUGUUCUCCACCUGGCCCAGCGCCAUGGAGUGGACCUGGAAGGGGCCUGUGAAGCCUCUCUGGCGUGCUCCACCUGCCAUGUGUACGUGAGCGAGGACCACCUGGACCUUCUACCACCUCCUGAUGAGAGGGAGGAUGACAUGCUGGACAUGGCCCCCCUCCUCCAAGAGAACUCCCGGCUGGGCUGCCAGAUCAUACUGACGCCGGAACUUGAAGGGGCUGAAUUCACCCUGCCCAAGAUCACCAGGAACUUCUACGUGGACGGCCAUGUCCCCAAGCCCCACUGACAUGGGCUGCUGGACCAUCCCAUACACCCAUGGCCCCAGGGCCAGGACUGGAGGAAUAGCCAAAUUGCCAGCCCCUCCCAGCCCAGAGCACGGACAGGCCCGAGAGAGAUGUUGGAAGCACCCAGGAGGCCAAAUGCUUCAGAGAGAUCCCACGUCCAGGCUCUGGUGGGAACAGGGCCCCGGUUGGGGCAGCCUCCCCAAACCCCUGAGAAUGGGGGUGUGGAUAGGGGUGGAAUCUAAUUAGAGUGACAAUAAAACAGUCGCACAGAACUGCAGCAUCUUGAGUGUCCUGGCCGGGGCUUUCCUCUGGAUCUACAGCUGCAUCUUCCAGGCCCCAGCUCUCCCCUCCCACAGCAGUGAUGGGGCCAGUGGGGAAACUGAGGCAGAAGACUGGAGGAGAGGGCUUGAGAGCCUGAGGGCCCACUUGCGUCAGCGUGGCGAGGCCCCGCCCCUGCAGCCGCGGAGGGAUUUGGAGGGGCCCGGGCCGCCCUUGGCCGCCAGGGAUGUGCAGGCCACCCUAGCAGAGUCGGAAGGGAGAGGGGCAGUGCCUGGCCUGAGAUUGGGAGCUAGGAAGCAGGCACCGGACAUCGCCCGCCCUGCCCAGGUAGGACUUAUUGCCCACCUCUGCCUGAAGCUCAGUAUCCCGCAGGUCCCGCCCACCCAGGUGGCGCUCCUCCGUGGGCCGGUAGGGGCGGGGCCAAGCGAGAUUAGGA